AUGGCUAGCCAAGGCGGGUCAUCAAGACGGAGUCUCUCUGUAACGACUUCGUCAUUGCACGGAAAGAAGAAAUCCAUGGAUAUCACCGAACGAGGUCUCGAUACUGGCCGGAGAUCUCUCACUGUUUCUCGUUCGCCUCUGGGUUUAACAGGAGGCGAGAGAACAGUUAAACGUCUAAGGCUAUCGAAAGCACUUACAGUACCAGCAACCACAACUAUAUAUGAAGCUUGUAAAAGGAUGGCUUCACGACGAGUUGAUGCGUUGUUGUUGACUGACUCUAAUGAAAUGCUUUGUGGGAUUCUUACUGACAAGGAUAUAGCCACGAGAGUGAUCUCACAGGAACUUAAUGUGGAGGAAACACCUGUAUCCAAGGUUAUGACGAGGAACCCCAUGUUUGUUCUUUCGGAGACACUUGCUGUUGAAGCCCUUCAAAAGAUGGUUCUAGGGAAAUUCAGACAUCUGCCUGUUGUUGAGAAUGGCGAAGUGAUUGCUUUAUUAGAUAUAGCAAAGUGUUUGUAUGAUGCGAUUGCUCGUAUGGAGAGGGCAGCUGAGAAAGGUAAGGCAAUAGCUGCUGCGGUUGAAGGUGUUGAAAAAAGUUGGGGAACAAAUACUUCAGUUCCCAACACCUUCAUUGAAACGCUACGAGACCGGAUGUUUAGACCUUCUUUAUCAACAAUUAUUCCAGAUGAUACAAAGGUUUUGAAAGUCUCACCAGCAGAUACAGUGUUGACUGUAGCAAAGAAGAUGGUUGAAUUUCAAUCAAGCUGUGCAGUUGUGAUGAUCGAGGAUAAGCUUUCAGGAAUAUUUACUUCCAAGGAUAUACUGAUGCGGGUUGUGGCUGAAAAUCUCCCUCCGUCUGAGACUACAGUGGAACAGGUUAUGACUCAGAACCCAGAAUCGACGAUAGUUGACACUCCAAUCGUUGAAGCUCUACACAUCAUGCACGAGGGAAAAUUCUUACACCUUCCUGUUACGGACGCAGAAGGAGAUGUAGUUGCAGUUGUCGAUGUAAUCCAUGUCACUCACGCUGCUGUUGCCACAGCUGGAACUACUGCGGGAAUAGGUAAUGAGGCGACAAACACUAUGAUGCAAAAGUUUUGGGAUUCAGCUAUGGCAUUGUCUCCUAACGAGGAUGACGAGGACACGAGAAGUGAGAGCUCCUUGAAAGUUGCUUCUGAAGCUGACACAGGAAAAUCAUUCCCUUAUGCAAAUACAUUUUCUUUCAAGAUCGAAGACAAAAAGCACAGAAUGCACAGAUUCAUAAGCGACACUCGGAGUUUGACAGAAGUCAUAACCGCGAUCAUUCAGAGGGUAGGAGAUGAUAUCGAUCCGGACAACUUACCCCAAAUUUUGUACGAAGACGAAGACCACGAUAAAGUCUUGUUGGCUUCAGAUGGUGAUCUUCAAGCAGCUAUAGACCAUGCAAAAUCAAUUGGCUGGAAGAGUUUGAGACUACAUUUGGAUGAUUCAAGAGAAGGGAAAGGAAGAAGAAGGAGAGCAGCAGUAUCAGCAGAAGCAAUGGAGUAUGUAGAGACAGACGCUUGGGCUGCUGCUUACAGUGGGGUUGCGGCUGGUGCUGCAUUAGUAGCUGGUCUUGGUUUUAUGGCUUAUCUCAAAAAAUUCGGACAUUGA